AUGAUUUCCCUUAAUCCCGGCUCGCUCUGCGACGUCUGCGCAGAGGAGUAUGGCCCGCACAACUACCCUCAUUCCAUUCCUUGUGGACAUGUACUAUGUCUCGACUGCUGCAACAACAUACUCCAGAAAACGUCGCCACGUCUUACUCCCUCCUGUCCUUUCUGUCGCGUGCAGUUCACCAGCGACGACAUUCGUUUGAUUCGUCUUGACUUCGGCUCCAGCGGCUAUGCGACUCCCCGCACAGGUACCAUCGAGGCCAACCACCAGCCUGCCGAUGGGAGCGAUGAUGAUAUCUUGCUGUUGAACCCCGGCCUUCUCAAAACACGCGCAGAGGCGCGGCGGCUCGAGUACAAAGUCGCCAAAGUCGCAGCGAAGAAGUGUUCUGUCGAGGAGGUCACGACACUCCACAAGGAGCUUCAGGUGUGGUUGACGUCUGACUCCAAGCCCGAUGAUCAGGUCUCUUCUCUUCAGCUCAGCGCCGCCCUGCUACGUGCCAUUCUCGUGAACCAUCUCGCACAUUCUGAGGCCACCAAGCAUGCUAAGAGUGUCGAAGCGAACCUCAGGCAGAAGUUGGAGGAAGCUGAGUCGGAUAAGACUCAGCUAGAGGCGGAACUGCGCAAAGUGGUACGGUACCUUCAUUAUCACGAUUUAGCAUGGUCAUUGACAUUAUUUUGUCUAGCGAGCGCAAUAUUCGGCGAAGGCGCAGGAAUGUCAGUCCCUUCGCGCAGAGUUUAG